UUCAUUCGUCCGGGGAUUCCAUGGGGUGGGACUUGGCCGGGCCUAAAUUCGAUCCGCGGUCCCGGACCGGUUUCUGGGCAAAGCUGCCAUGCGUUCCGGGGGCCGCGGGCGGCCUCGGCUACGGCUCGGGGAACGCGGCAUCUUGCAGACACCCAAGGCCCCCAGUCGCCGCUUGUUACCGCGGGCGCAGCUGUUGCCCCUGCUGCUGCUGGCGCUGGCCAUGGCCUCGGCGUUCUACAUCGUCUGGAGCGGCUGGCACCAGCACAGGAGUGAGGAGCUGCCUUCCGGUCGGGAUCUGCGGGGCCAGUUGAUCGGAAGCCUCCCCGAAGCCCGAAUGCGGAGGGUGGUGGGGCAACUGGACCCACAGCGUCUCUGGAACAUUUAUCUGCGCCCCCUGCUGGUUGUAAGGACACCAGGCAGCCCAGGCAAUCUCCAAGUCAGAAAGUUCCUGGAGGCCACUUUACGGACGCUGACGGCAGGCUGGCAUGUGGAGCUGGACCCUUUCACAGCCGCAACGCCCCUGGGGCUACUGGACUUUGCCAACGUGGUGGCCACGCUGGACCCUGGGGCUGCCCGUCACCUCACCCUUGCCUGCCAUUAUGACUCGAAGCUCUUCCCAUCUGAGUCGUCCCCCUUUGUGGGGGCCACGGACUCAGCUGUGCCUUGUGCCCUGCUGCUGGAGUUGGCCCAGGCCCUGGACCAGGAGCUGAGCAGAGCCAAGGAUCAGGCAGCCCCGGUGACCUUGCAGCUGCUCUUCUUGGACGGCGAAGAGGCGCUGAGGGAGUGGGGACCCAAGGACUCCCUCUACGGCUCCCGACACCUGGCCCAGCUCAUGGAGUCCGCACCCCACAGUCCGGGCCCCACCAGGAUCCAGGCUAUCGAGCUCUUUGUCCUGCUGGAUCUCCUGGGAGCCCGCCAUCCGACUUUCUACAGUCACUUCCCUCGCACAGCCCGCUGGUUCCAUCGGCUGAAAAGUAUCGAGAAGCGCCUGCACCGGUUGAACCUGCUACAGUCUCAUCCUCAGGAAGUGAUGUACUUCCAGCCCGGGGAGCCCCCCGGCUCUGUGGAAGAUGACCACAUCCCUUUCCUCCGCCGAGGGGUCCCGGUGCUCCACCUCAUCUCCACGCCCUUCCCCUCUGUCUGGCACACGCCCGACGACUCAGAGGCCAACCUGCACCCACCCACAGUCCACAACCUGAGCCGCAUCCUCGCCGUGUUCCUGGCCGAAUACCUGGGACUCUAGCCUGCCAGGCUGGCCCCAAAGGAGAAGCGUCCAGCAGGGCAUGUGACAAGGACACCCAGAGCCAGCAGAGCUGGCCUUGUCCUUUUCAAUGCCUUUGGCUCUACUCGUGCUACAAUCAGAAGACCCUCUUUCCUCUGAUGAUCUCAAGCUGCCGCUCCCCAGAGACCUAGAAGAGACUGCUGUGGGGUGAGAGCCGAGGGAAUACGCACGUGGGCCCUGCUCUGAGGGAGAAACUGGGCUGAAGGUUUGCAAAGACCAAGUGCUGUUCUCAAGUUUGGUCGGCACACCACAGACUGGCAUGUGGACCAGCACCACCCCCAAACCCAGCACGGUCUCUAUGGCCUUUCUCUCUGUGGCAGUUCACUCUCCUGAAUGGCAGCCUGGCCACAGCACCAGUCCAAACCUAACCCCGACGAGGAUGUGCCACAUGGGGCACACAGAGGACGCGCUUGGAAGCAGGAACAGAGGAGAUGAGACCUGUCCUUGGGAACUCCAGAUACCGCAGACCCAGUGGGCAAUAAACUAGUGUUUAUGCAAAACAUACUCUGCAGAACUAGCCUGGUAGGUGUUGCAUGAGAAAAGACCAAAGAAGCAGGGUGAGACCACAUUAAAUGAGUUUCUACAA